UCACCGUUUGGUCUGACGCUGGUGUACCCCUGCCCAUUCUAUGCGUUUACUGGACCCCACCUCUGUCCCCAUCACGUGAGCCAUUUUUGCUGAUUUCAUAUGCUCUCCCCAAUUUUUUUAGUAUAUCCAUUCCCUCAAUAAUCACUUAUUCAUAAUCAGAUUUUAAUUACUUCAAAAGCAGUCUUAAAUUCACUAUAAUCAAUGUCUUCACAAUUUCAUACAUCGUUCCCUUAGGGUUAGGGUUCCAAUUUCUCUUCCGUUUUUCUCACACACACAAUACAUAUAUGUACUCAGCAAACAAGCAGAUAUAUAUGUGUAUAUAGUUACAUACAUGCAUGCAUAUGUGUGUGUAUAAAUAAAUGGAUGCGAUGAAACCGAGGCCGUAUGGGGAGGACUGUAUGAUCACGCCAAUACGAAUGCAUGAUAACGGCGGUGGAUUUCAAGCCGGUGGCGGUGGCGGUGGCGGCGAGGAGAAGAUUAGUAGUGAGGAAAUGUCGCCACCAAUGGCAAUUCCUGUAAAUUAUCAGUCGAGAACCCCCGCAUCAAGGACUAGUGAGCUCAGCAUCUCCUUCGAGGGGGAAGUUUAUGUUUUUCCUGCCGUCACUCCUGAAAAGGUGCAAGCAGUGUUAUUACUACUGGGAGGCCAAGAAAUGCCUAGUAGUAUACUCAGCUCAGAAUUUCCAUUACAACAGAAUAACAAGCAGGCGGUAGAUGAUGGUUUGAGUCCUACUGUUUCUAGUAGAAUUGCAUCUCUGGUUAGGUUCCGCGAGAAGCGGAAAGAGAGAUGCUUUGAGAAGAAGAUUAGGUACACUUGCCGAAAAGAAGUUGCUCAGAGGAUGCACCGUAAAAAUGGCCAAUUUACCUCUGUAAAGGAGAGUCCCAAAACAUCUGAUGAUAUUUGGGUUUCAGGCCAUGACACUUCUCAUGCAGAACCAGUGUGAGUAUGGAACUUAUUCUUCAUUUGAUAA